AUGGAUUUCUGUUUCUUUCUUAUUGGAUUCAAAGAAUUUAAUAAGCCAUUACCAGAUAUAGGAAAUAUCCCUUGCUACUGUGGCCAUUGUCACAAUCAAAGUGCGUUCGCUGUGAGAACAAUUAAUUGCGUUACUUUGUUUUUCAUUCCGGUGUUGCCCUUUUACUACCAGAAAAGAUUGAAAUGUAACAUUUGUGGAACAACUGGUGGUCUUGACGCUACCGCAAUAGACCGAAUGAAGCUGGGCCAACCAGUGGCUAUAGGCUGA